AUGCCUCGCGCAAUUAGAGGUGUUCUCAUCGAAUGCGAUCCUUCCAUCAAGUCCAUCAUCGUGAGCAUCGAUAGCGCCAAUCAUGACUACAUUAUCGAAGACCUCGACGACGAGCGCGUAGUUGUCAAAGAGAACAUGGUCUCCAUGCUCAAAGCGAAGCUCGAAGACCGACUCAAAGAGAACCUGCCUCCCGAGGAGGAAUCCGGCUCCGAAUAA